CUCUCCACUACUAAAAAGAAUCAAUAAACUACCAGGAGUCUUCUUUGCACGGAGGAGGAUUAUUAACUUGAACCAUCGAAGGUAGAAGUUGAAAAACAAAAAAACAAGAAAGAGAUCCGGAGACCUACUUUCCCUCCAAAACCCCACUAUUUUCCUACAGUAUAUUCUUUUCACAUUUAUUAUCAUCUUCUUCACGCUUUUCUUUUUCUCCUUUGUCUCUUCGAUACCAGUCUCUUUCUAAUGGAGAUUCACUCACGGACCAAUGCAGUCCGUCCACGUGUCGGGUUACUGUAUGAUGAGAGGAUGUGUGAACAUGCAAAACCCCCAGAAGACACCGAACAUCAUCCUGAGAUCCCUAAUCGGAUCAAAGCUAUUUGGUCUAGGCUUGAAUCUGCUAAUAUCCCUCAAAGAUGUUUGGUAAUGAAAGCUAAAGAAGCUGAAGACAAGUACAUUGGAUUAGUUCAUGAACAGAAAUAUAUUGAUUUGAUAAAGAGUUUAAGGUCUAAGACCGAUUCUCAGAGGAAAGUCAUUGCUGAGGACUUCAAUUCAAUAUAUUUUAAUGAAGGAUCUUCACAGUCUGCUUAUCUUGCUGCUGGUGGUGCUAUUGAGGUUGCUGAGAAGGUUGCGAAAGGGAAAUUGGAUUCGGCUGUUGCUAUUGUUAGACCUCCUGGCCAUCAUGCAGAGGCUGAUGAAGCAUUGGGGUUUUGUAUUUUUAACAAUGUGGCUAUUGCAGCAAAUGUUCUUGUGAAUGAAAAACCAGAAUUGGGUAUUAAGAAGAUAUUGAUUGUUGAUUGGGAUGUCCAUCAUGGUAAUGGCACUCAAAAUAUGUUCUGGGAAGAUCCUCGUGUGUUGGUCUUCAACGUUCAUAGGCACGACUUUGGGGAAUUUUUUCCAGCUGGGGACGAUGGUUCUCAUGUUAUGAUAGGAGAAGGAUCAGGUACAGGGUAUAAUGUAAAUGUCCCGUGGGAGCAAGGAGAGUGUGGUGACGCUGAUUACUUUGCUGUCUGGGAUCAUGUAUUGAUUCCAAUUACCAAGGCUUUUAAUCCAGACAUCAUUCUAAUUUCGGCUGGAUUCGAUGCAGCUGCUGGUGAUACCCUAGGGGGUUGUUUUGUUACACCAAAUGGAUAUUCUGUUAUGUUAAAGAAGUUAAUGGCAUUUGCCAGUGGAAGAAUUGUGAUGGCCUUGGAGGGAGGAUACCAUUUAAAAUCCUUGUCAAAGUCUGUCCUUGCCUGUGUUGAAGCUUUACUCGAGGACAGACCUAUCACUGGCUCUUCUAAGUCUGAUGCCUCCCCAUUGGAGUCGACGUGGCGUGUGAUAGAAUCGGUUCGUAAAGAAUUGAGCAAAUACUGGCCGAUGCUUAGUGGUGAAUUGCCAAAUACUACCCAGAGCCAGAGGAUAUCUUUAAUUGAGGAACUACAAUCUGCAAACCGGUUUACCACUGACACCCAUGCAACUCCACCAUCUGUCAAAGUUUGUAACAGCAUAACUAUUUCGACCUCUCAAGCUGCUCCCUUAUGUAAAGAAACCGAUAAGCCUAAUACCUUUACAAACCUGCAAAUAAAGAGAAAGUCAAUUAGUUUCACUGAGAUAAAGACUCUAGAAAUGGAUGGAAGCGAAGAUGUUGAAUCCAGUGGUGGAGAUCGUGCUUGGAAGAUAUUAUCCCAAAAGCUUUGGGAUAGUGAAAACAGCGUCAAGGCUCUGAAAGAAGAUUUAAGGAAGGAACAGGAAAAGGUUAAAUGGUUAGAGAAAAGUAAUUUUGAUCUGAAAACUGAAAAAGAAAUAUCUUUGAAAGAAGUCGAAUCCCUCAAAAAAGAAUCUGCCAUCUACAUUGAGCAAGCUAAAGGAAUGAAAAAGCAGAUUUGUAGUCAGAACCAUGUGAUCAAUCAGCACAACGACAAAAUGAUGCAGCUGAAAGAAAAUAACAGCGCUCAGCAGCUAUUGCUUUCUUUUAUAUGCUCAGCUCUUGAAAUGCGAAUCACUGCUGAGCAACAAAGGUGUAACAUAUUGGAAAAAAAACUAUUAUUUGCUGACAAACAAGUUGCAAGUGACAUGCCCACAACAACCCCAGCUGGCGAUGUUUGCACAUAUAUCUCAACUCCACAAGCUAUCCUGCUAGAAAAACAACUCCAGUUUGAAACUGUUGAAGUUCUCGUCCCUGUCGGCAUUCUUAUGUCUACAAUGUCUUCCAAGUUUUUGCGAAGUCCCUCAACAAAGAGAAAAUGCAUUUCUGAUUGCGAGGAAAUUACUCCAGAAGAUGAUGGUCCAGAAAAGAAACGUUGCAAGACCAGUAACAAUGAAAACCUCAUCACUGUUCUUGUAGAAGAUUUGAAGAGGGAACAAGAAAAAGUUUUAAAUCUGGGGAAGACUGUUGCUGCUGAAUCAUCAUUGAAGGAUCUAGCUCUGAAAGAAGUAGAGUUACUCAAAGUGGAAUCAGGCAACUAUACUAGGGACGUCGUAAACCUGCAAAAUCAAAUAUCUAAGCUGAAGGGUGUGAUAAAUCAGACAGAGGCUGAAGUGUCGAAGCUAAAGAUAGAAAUCGUUAAUUCCCAAAAGGAACAGAAAUUAGUUUCCUCGCUUAAAAAGCAAAACCUGUCUGAGCAGAAAAAGUGCAAAGAAUUGGAGCAAAAAUGUUCCCGCGCUGAAGAGAUAUUUGAUGAGUACCAAAGUGAUUGUCUGCGAUUCCAGAGUAGGAUGGAAACUGUGUUUAGGAAAGACGAAACAACAGAGCAGAAGGAGAGGACGGUAAAAAAAGUAUUGAAAGGGGUAAGGCUGAGAUUGGAUAACAGGAGGGGGAAAACUAGGAGGAAAAGGAAAUGUAUGCAGCGACGAAAGCCAGAGGACAAGAACAUGGUGGAAGAGUGAGAAGAAUGACUGGUGAAGAGAUGGUUACGUAAGGGAGAUCCAACGAGUAGACAAAUUUUAGAUAUACAGAAGAGAAUUUAGAAACCAAGCACCGGAUAGGGGCUCAAACAUAUAUUACAGCAUUUUUUUUUUUUUGACGAAAAGGUUGAAGAAGGGUUCGGACAUUGAUGUUAAAAUCUUGCAACCAGAACAGGUAAACAACAGUCAACCUGGAAGAUUUUUGUUAUUUUGUAAAUGAAUUUUGAAAAUUCAAAUUUUUUGUACCGUCAUCUACAUGAAAGGUGAUGAAAUUUUUUUCCAAUCUAUUCUGCUAAAACCAACUUCUAUGGUGAAUCUUGAGUUCUA